AUGGCCGACGCAGACGAAGCGGCCGCCAACCUACCGCGCGACCCCGCGGCGCCUGUCGACACCGAUCUCUCCGAUGAGACGCAGGACUUUCGCAUGCUCAACCACCUCUCCUUCCUCGACACAAGCCAACAGACCAUCCCGAAGCGCGGCGAAAAAGACUUCGAACCAAACCCGACCCUCUACCAAGCCGACAUUCUCUCCGCCUCGCGCCAGGCCAUGCACAAUGCGCUCUCCUUCCCACGCCUGCACAACCCCCGCAACCUCGUCGUGGGCAUCUACGCGCCCGACGGACCCGCGCCCCCACGCUCGCACACAGCAGCACCGUCCACAGGCGACGACGCGCAGCUGAAAAAGUCCCCCGCGUUGGGCGCCGCCGCCAUCCACCCGGCCUCGUGCGUCUACGUGCCCGUCCCCAAGGGCCAGUACUUCAAGAGCAUCGGCCAGGCCGACCGCUGGAACCGGAUGUGGCUGCUCCCCGAGGAGGCGCUGUAUCUGCUCGAGCGCGGCAGUUUGGAUAUCCGCUGGCCGCGCUCGUUGACGGGGUGUGACCCUGCACCGGAGGGUGAGGAUGAUGAGGACUCUGGCAUCCCGAUGAGCUUGCAGGCGGCGUACGCGGCGUUUAUUGGGCACGGGGGGCUGACUGUCGAGCGGUACUCGGUGUACGCUGGGCUACGGCGGUUGGGGUAUACGCUUGUUCGGGCGCCGGGGUGGGCUGAUGAGGAGGACGAGGAGGACAGUGCUGCAGAUGCGGAGAGACCGCAGACGCAGACGCAGACGCGGGGGCCCGGGCUAGCGGGCGUCCUGGAGCGGUUUAUGCGGUGGUUCCAUAGCCCGCCGACGACGGCUGUCGGUCCUGUGGCCGGAGUGGGUAUCCAUCGGAGUUACAAUGACAUCUACCGCAAACUAUCGAUCAUCCCGUGGUACGACCCGGUAACAGAUCGACCUGCGUCCGUACGCACCACCCCGCCGUAUCGCGUCGUGCUCCAUGUGUACAAGCCGUCGACGGCAUUCCGCAAAACCGCGCCCCCGGAGCCGGACUUCAGGGUCGCGGUGAUCAAUGCCCGCACACACACCACCAUGCCGACUCUGGCGCAGAUCGGGUCUCUUCUGGAUAGCACGCCGUUGGAUCCGCCGACAGGCGACAAGAUGGACCGCAUGCUCUACCUGCGUUUGCGGCAGGGGUAUCGCAAUAUUAUCCUGGCUGUUGUGGACCAGGGUGUUGUGAGCUAUCUCCGCGUUGCGGAUGCGGCGUUUGGAAAGGAGAAGAUAUAUCUGACCAAGGGGCUGGCUAAUAAAAGGGGUUCGGUUGAAAUGGACGCUAUUAUCAACUGGCACAAGGGCUUGUCAGCCCAUGAGGAUCUUAGGGACUCUCUGAAUGCCAUGCCAUCAGACAUGCAGGCAACCACACCGUCGGUGAUGAAGCUUGAGACUUAG